AUGGAAUCACUGCCAUUUAACAUGAAAUUGCCUUUAAUCGAAAAGGCAGCUACGAAUGUAAAGGAUAUAAUAUCGCACAUAAAACUGAAUGAUGGGGUAUAUUUCGAUAUGACUAAAUAUGAUACAAACGAAAUAGUAAAUAAUCUUGAAAAUAAUAAUAUAUAUAAAAAGAUAGAAGCAAUGAAGCAUAUAUUAAUUGCGCAUAUUUCGAAAAAAGAUGUGUCUAAUUUCUUUUUCGAUGUAUUAAAAAAUAUAUCAGUAAAUAAUUUAAUUUUAAAAAAAUUAAUUUAUAAUUAUUUAAUAUUAUAUGCGGAAGGCAAUGCUGAUUUGACAAUGUUAACAGUUAAUUCUUUCAAAAAAGAUUUAAAUAAUAACAACUACCAAAUAAGGUCAUAUGCUCUUAGAGCUAUGUCUUGUAUAAAAUCUAUCGAUAUGAUUACCAUUUUAAUUGAAUCAUUGAAAAAGAUGUCAAAGGAUAAAUCUCCUUAUGUUCGUAAAACCUGCGCAGAUGUUAUACCAUCUGUAUAUAUCAUAGACAAAGAUCAAUUCAUAUUUUUGAGGAAAAUUCUUCUCGACCUAAUUAGUGAUAGGGAUCUUAUUGUUGUGUCGGCAGCUGUUGUGUCUUUUAAUACUAUAUGUAUAUACGGUAACGUGGAGGACUACCAGUGGAGUAAUAAAGAUGGAGGGGAUGUGCAGGACGAGGUAGCAGAACAAAUGAAAUAUCCUUACAACGCGUGUGAAGCAGACACGCCGGAAAGCGGUAACGUGGCUCAUAGGAAAAAUGGCAUCAACUGUAGCAACGAGCUCAAUCACAAUGGAAUCUGCAGCCACAAUAGAAGAUUCAUCCACAAUAGAUGUUACAGCAAAUCAUUUGAGGGAUCCCCUCAGGUGGACAACUCCUUACAUUACACAACCACUGAUGAGAUUCGGAAUAACAAUGUAUCCGUUGGCAGCGAAAUGGGGAGUAGCACUGCGUACACGAGUGAAACAGAUUUGCCUGGUUAUCAAGAUGGGUCUAAUAAACGUGUAAAUAAAUUAAUUCAAAAAAAUAAAGUAAAAGAUGAGGACCCCCCACAUUCUGGCAAAGAAAAUAACAAUAUAAUGUACAACAAGGAUCAUGAAGAGAAGCACAGGUUGUUAAACGACAAUUUUUAUCAUCUCUACAAUUCCUUAUCCUUUUUACACCCAUACUAUUAUAAACUAUGUAAGUAUUUGUUACUUAUGCAUCCCUUUCAUCAAACGUAUCUGGUGGACCUGCUACUGCGAUACUGUCGAAUGUUUUACAGGGAUCCAACCAAAAGCAUCAAAGACAGACUAAUGAGGAUGAAGCUACCCCAUUCCAAUGGCUGCGAUGAAGGGGGGGAAGAACAAAAAGAUAGAGGUGCAAAUUCAGGUGGAAGUCGGAGCAGCAGUCACAGUAGCAGCUGUAAACUUAGUCGCAAACAUGGCCUCAAAUCGAGCAACCAAUUGGGUCCCUCCCAUAGGAGAGAGGGAACCUCGACAUUUUACAUGAACAACGAUGAAACGUACAAGGAGUACAAAAAUUAUGAGGUGGAUAUUGAAAUAUUCAUAGAGAAACUUCUGAUUCUGUUAAGCUCCUGUAGCUAUAGUGUCGUCAUAAUAGCAACCUCAUCCCUUUACCAUUUGACCAAGUUCACAUAUAAAGAAAACAUUGUGCAGGCAAUUUUAACAAGUUUAAUAAAAAGCACUAUAGAAAAAAAUGAAGAGAUGUAUGAAAUAUUUUUAAAAAGUGUUAAGCCAUUAAUUAUAGCUUUAAAAGAAAAUUUUUCUGCAUAUAUAUCUUUCUUCUUUAUUAGCUGCAAAGAUAGUGUAAGUAAAAAAUUGUUGAAGCUUAAUAUUUUAUAUUCACUUAUACAUCCAAGUAACAAAAUAUUGGUAUUAGAUGAGUUACUACAUGCUCUAUAUAUGCCUGAUAAUGAUGAGUAUUUCAUUAAAAAAGCUUUUUCCAUUAUUACUGAUAUAGCGUUAACAAACCCUGUAUGCCUCUCGCGAGUGAUGAAGUAUAUUAUGAUUAUGCUUAACUCGAAUAUAAAUUUGUAUGCAUAUGAAUCAAUCCUAUCCCUUAGAGUAUUAUUACAACAUAGUGAAAAAAAACAAAUCAUUAAAAUCGCUUCUUUUUUAUGUAAAAUUUUAUUAAAAAUAAAAACGAAAGAUGUACAAAUUUCUGUUUUAUGGACCUUAACAAAUUAUCAAAAUUUUAUUGAUCAUCUUUUAUUAUUUGAUGUUGCUAGGAUGUUAGUUAAGUCUUUUCAAAAGUACGACGAUAUUAUGAAAAUGCAAAUAAUUCAUUUUGUUUUUAAUAUUUGGAAAUUUAAUUAUGCUCAUAUUUUUUUAUCUCCCCUCUUUGAUGAACCUCCAGUUGAUUUGUCACCAGCUGAUGCUCCUCCAACGGAGGGGGGGCCUCUUUCCAUGUUAAGCGGACAAAGUGGCCAUAGCGAUCAUAGCAGACAAAUAGGUCAAAAUCGCAAACCGAGCCAAACGAACCACAUUCACACUGAACAUUCAUUGUGUCUGCAUUGUAACGACAAACAGGUGGGAGCUCUUGACGAGGAAGAAAGAAAGAGUAGACCCCAACUUUACAAUGAUAGGAAAACGCACAUAAGAAGUAGAAGCAUUUAUAGUGAAGAGAGUAAUGGUAUUAGUACAAAAGGUGAUAUACAUAAAAAGGAGGAGGAUAAAACAAGUAGGAAAGAAGCAUUUAAAAUUAAAUUAAAAAACGAUUUUGCCAAAUUUGAGCAGUUAUGUAAUAAAACAUUCCUUCUAGGAUUAAAGGAUGAAAACUUCGAUGUUCAGGAAACUAGUAAAUUUUAUGUUCACAUUAUGCUUAAAAUAAAGGAGUUGUAUUCAAAGAAUAUUCUCAAAUACAGUGUUUUUAAAAGGGAUCUGUUUAACGAAAAAAUAGAUGAUUACUCUUUGCCAUUGUACUUUUUGAAAUGUGCUAUUAUAAAUACGGGUGCGGUGGUUAGCUCACCUUCCUCUGGUUUAUGUUCCAAGAGCGUACGAAGCGUAGGUGGAAAAAAUGGGGAAGGCAUAUUAAGUGGAAAGAAGGUGGUAGACGCAGUAAGCGGAAAGAGUAGGGAAGAUGUAAAAAGUAUGGCACACAGAAUGAAUGAUACCUUACUGGAAUCAUUACAAAAUUAUGAUGCAAAUCUGAGUUUUAAGGACAAAAAGAAGACUCAAACCAUAUACCAACUUAACACAGUUUCAAAUAUUUUAAAUAAGAAGUUACCAUCUUAUGUGGACCUCCCAGAGUUUGCAGAAAAGGAUUUACCAAAAACGGAGCAUAUCAACAAGGAGGAUAUAAAAACAAACAAAAAUACAAUAGCAAGUGUUUCCUCAAAAGAUGUAAAAUUAAAAAACAGUAUUAACAGUAUGAACUGUAUGAACAGUAUAAAUAAUAUGAAUAGUAUGAAUAGUAUGAAUAGUAUGAAUAGUAUGAAUAAUAUGAAUAGUAUGAAUAGUAUGAAUAAUAUGAAUAGUAUGAAUAGUAUGAAUAAUAUAAUUAAUUCACGUAUUUUUUUAAAUAUUGAUGAUUUUUAUAAAGAGGAAACGUUAAAAAUGGAGCAACAGAAAAAUUGCGGUAUGUCAACUGGUAAAGCGGUGCUAAUCAACGGUGGUAGAAAAAUUCAAGGGGAAGAUGAAGAGUCGGAUGACGAAAAAAAGGGAAAGAGUAUUGGUCCAAGUAGUAGUGGUGGUUUUAAAAAAGACAAAAUUUUAGGUAUAAGUAAAAGAGAAAAUUCAAACAUAUACAAAGACCAAAUGUCGAGCAAUUUAAAAAAUGGGAAAACACUCGAAGAACAAAUUGAUGACAUUGAGGAAUUUUUUUUCAAUGAUGAAGAUUAUGAAUGA